GGGCACGCGGGCGGCGUGGGUGCGCGGGGGCAGGCCCUGGCGGCGAGCGUUCCCUUGUUGGCUGGGCGGCCGGCUGGCCUGGGGCGGGCCGGGAUGGCGCCUCCUCCUCCGCCGCCCCAGCUGUUGCUCCUGGCCGCCCUGGCGGGGCUCCUGGGUCCCCGUGAGGUGGUGGCUGAACCGGCGGCGGAGGAGGCGGGAGCCCGUUGUCCCGAGGGCCUGUGGCCUCUGCCUCCACAGGUGUCACCAAGAGUGACCUACACACGAAUGCGGCCACGGCAGGCUGAGGAUGUCAGCUUCCUUUACCACCCCUGUGCCCACCCCUGGCUGAAGCUCCAGCUUGCCCUCCUCGCCCACACUUGUGUGGCCCAGCCCUCACUGGCCCCUGAUUCCAGCCUCACCCAGGAUCGGCCCCUUGUACUGGCAGCAUGGGGGUUAGCGCUGGAGAUGGCGUGGGUGGAGCCGGCCCGGGCUGCCCACUGGCUGAAGAGGAGGCAGCGGCGGAAGCAGAGGAGAGAGAAAGCUGGGUUCCAUUUUGACGCUGUUCCUGGGCCCCCUUCCUUGGUGCCCACGCUGGGCAGAGGGAAGCUGUGCCAUCGGCGAGGGUGUGUGCAGGCCCCGGCUUUGGCCUUUACUCUGAGGAGCUGGCGGCCCCCCGGCAUGGAGGUGGAAUCUAGCAGACCUGGGCAGCUCUUUGCUAGUGGUGCCAGGAGACGUGGGCUGCGGGCCGCCUUUGGUCUCCAGCCCACCCCCUCAGCCCCGAGGUUCCCCUCUGUUUCCCCAGGGAGCUUGGAGGCCAAGCAGCCCAUGUUGGGACCUCAGGGUGAAGGUGAUAAUGCCCGGUCUGUGCCCACUAGCCCACUGCUGCCUGGGGGACCAGGAAGCAAUGUCAGCUCCAGGCUGGAGGCUCAGCCGCCCAAAGGGCAGAACAGCCCUGGGGGCUGUGCCUGUCCGGGUCAGGCUUCCCCGGCCCCUCGGGCAGCAGCGCCACCAAGGGCUGCCCGCGGCCCCACCCCUCGCACGGAGGAGGCCGCCUGGGCGGCCAUGGCCCUGACUUUCCUGUUGGUGCUUCUCACACUGGCCACGCUCUGCACUCGGCUGCACCGAAACUUCAGACGCGGGGAGAGCAUCUACUGGGAGCCCACGGUGGACAGCCGGGACACCGUGGCUGCUGUGCUGAAGCGGAGGCUGCUGAUGCCCCCUCGCCGGGUCAAGCGCUCCCGCCGGAGACCCCUCCUCCCGCCCACGCCGGACAGCGGCCCGGACGGGGACAGCUCCGAGUGACCUGCACCGGCCCUGCCGCUGUGGCAGGUCCGGCUCCUCCCCGCGCCGGAGGCCGCGACCUCCGCCACGUGGCCCGCGCGCGGGGCCGCCCCCUGGCGGCCGGAGGGAGCAGUCACGCCCGAGCGCGGCUGAUGGGCUGGUCCUAUGUGUGGCUUGCUGGGAGGAACGGGGUGGGGGAGGAGGAGGAGAAAGGAGCAGUUUCAGCCUCCGUUGCAAAAACUCUGUUUUUAUUAAAUUAUUUUAGUAGAGGCUGGA